AUGUCAUCGGUCAAACCACAGUCGGUUGCCAUUAUUGGCACUGGCAUGGCCGGCCUCAUCACAGCGUAUAUAUUAAGAAAUGACCCGCGCGCUAGAUUUGACGUGGAGGUUUUCGAGAAGCAAAAAGAAUUGUCGCUUGAUUCUGCAUCAUUCACUGUAAAAACCAACACAGGGACAGAGCAGCGCGUGGAUCUACCCAUGCGAGCCUUUGCAAGCGGCUUCUACGACAAUCUGAAACGCAUGUACGACUACCUGGGAAUCGAGUAUGGCUCGCAAAGAUUUAUUUUUCCAUUUUCCACAAUCUCGGAAUCAAAUCCGAGUGAUAUCUAUACGCGCUUCAUUCAUUCAUCUCACACUCACCAAUUCCCUCUUCGUCCCCGAGGACCCUCAUGGAUCUCAUGGCUCGUAGAGAUCCUCUACCUAUUAAUCUGCCACAUCUGGAUCGUCAUCUGUUCAUUCUUCAUCGAGCCCAAAGAAGCCACCAGCUCAAGGCCAUCCGAAACAUUUGGCCAGUACGCGGCGAGGAUACGUUUGCCACAAUACUUCGUGAAGCAUUACUACCUACCAAUCAUGUCCGCGGUAACUACCUGCCCGCACGACGCCUUAAUGAAUUUCCCCGCCAUCGACCUGGUCGAUUACCAGGCGAAAACUUUCCGAAAGCCGCAUUACACCGUCAUCGGUGGCGUCAGCAAAGUUCAAGAUAAGCUUUCCAAGGGUCUCAAUGUACGAUAUUCCUCAGCAGCGAUCAAAGUCCAGAAUGUCGGCUCCAAGGUCCAAUUGACAUGGAGAAACGAUGGAGCCGACUCCGCGGAAUCCAAGCUAUAUGACCAUGUCAUCAUGGCCGUCACGCCAGACGUUGUCCGCGCAAUCUUCGCCCCUCUGCGGAGUGCGCUAGCUGUCAUCCCGACUGCUACUAUUCCAGCUUAUAUCCAUCGUGAUUUCGACCGGUUGCCGAAAUGCAGCCAGCUUGUGGAUGGAGGCAUUCGCUCAGAACCGGGCCUCCCGCUCCCUGAACGAAUUCACCUUUGUUCGAACUCUACAUCCACGGAGUUCACGCAUGAGCAUCUUUCCUCUGUCAUUAUCACCACCUCUCCUAUUGUUCCCAUUGAUCCAUCCAAAAUAGAGCAUAGUGUGACGUUUACACGGACACUGCGCACCCCGACCAGCCGCAAAGUGACAAAUGAGAUCUUCGGCUCAAGGUCACAGAGAGAUGUGGUCGAUUCAAAGCAGUGGCAAAAUGGAGAUGGGAAUGUUUGGCUUGUGGGGAGUUGGUGCUGGGAUGGAAUGGUUCUGCUGGAGGGGUGUAUCGCCUCGGCUCUGCGGGUAGCAGAGAAGCUUGAUGUCGAGGUCCCAUGGGCUUUAUGA